AAUUCGGCCAUCUCUCUCUCUCUCUCUCUCUCUCUCUCUCUCUGCCGUUUGCUUAAUCCACACUCAACUCAUUAGUCUCCUCUGAUACCCAAACGGGGCAUUCGCUCUUUUCUUUGGGCUUUCCCUACAAGAAACGCACAUCUUCCUUCACAUACCAUCUUUGAGGCAGAGACCCAGAUUGUCCUUUCGCAUAUCCCUCGUUCAAAGCCUCGUCCUUUCCACAAGUUCCUGUGAAUUCUCCCAUACCCAUUAUGCUUUCCUGGAGACUUUUCCUCCUCUUCCCUCUUCUUUCUCUCUCUUUCUCCGAAGAAACUCCCGCUUCUCACGUGCUUCCUCGCCCUUUGAUCAUCGAAUACCCCGCGAGCGCGAAGGAGCUCGACGGAGAACAGGUCAGGUUGCAGUGUGAUAGCUGGAGAUUCGCUGUCGAGGCCAACAAUGUCAAUCCGUGGAAGACGAUUCCGCAGGAGUGCGCGGAUUAUGUGAGGGCCUACCUGACGGGCAAAGCGUACGGCUUCGAUCUCGAUAAGGUGUCGAACGAGGCUGGAAUCUACGCGGGCAGCGUGGAAUUGAGUGGGGACGGGAAGGAUGCGUGGAUUUUCGACAUUGACGAGACUCUGCUCUCCAAUCUGCCUUACUACGCCGAGCACGGUUUCGGCUUGGAGGUGUUUGAUCCGGUCGAGUUUGACAAGUGGGUUGACAAGGCGGAGGCCCCAGUGAUACAGCCAAGUCUGAAGCUCUAUGAGCAAGUGUUGGGCUUGGGUUUCAAGGUCUUCCUGCUCACUGGGCGUAGUGAAAAGCAAAGAAGUGUCACUGUUGAAAACCUGAUCGAUGCUGGGUUUCAGAAUUGGGACAAGCUCAUAUUGAGAGCAACUGAUGAUCACGCCAAACGAGCAGUGGUGUACAAGUCGGAGAGGAGGGAUGAAAUGGUGAGGGAGGGAUACAGGAUUCUUGGGAACUCUGGAGACCAAUGGAGUGAUCUACUGGGUUCCUCUAUGUCGAUUCGCUCCUUCAAGCUUCCAAAUCCCAUGUACUACAUUCCCUAACUGUGGUUGCUCUUUACAUUCUAAUGAUGGUGGAAGCAAUCAAGCAUGUUAAUCUACUUCAGCCAAUUGGCUUAUUCCAUGUAAAUGCAACAAACAGAUCGUAGUCACUUUCCUAUGCCAAGCACUGUGCAUCCUGAGCUCUGAAGUUCUGUUAAAGCCAACAAAUACAAGACUGAUGUACCAGUACAGCUUCUGUCAAAUAUUCUUACAGCACAAUCAGCUUAAAUUA